GGCGUGGCUAUAGUGAUGACGUCAGGACACCAGGCCCCGCCCCUUGUCUGCGGACGCCAACCGGAAGUCCCGUUUCGUCGUGAAGUGGGACAGCAAAGCGACUCUCUUCCAGUGUAUGUGUGGCAACAACAUGUCUGUGCCACUGCUCGCCGAGGCUGUGACGGUGUCUGGGAACGAGAAGGAGACCGCGGCUGUGAUCUUUCUUCAUGGAUUGGGAGACACAGGGCACGGAUGGGCCGACACCUUGACGGGCAUCCAGCUGCCCCACGUUAAGUACAUCUGCCCGCACGCGCCACGGAUUCCUGUCACUCUCAGCCGGAACCUCAUGAUGCCGGCGUGGUUUGACUUAAUGGGUCUGAGCCCCGACAGUCCCGAGGACGAAUCUGGGAUCAAAAAGGCAGCAGAAAACAUCAAGGCAAUAAUUGAACACGAGGCUAAAAACGGCAUUCCUCCCCACCGCAUCAUGCUCGGAGGCUUCUCUCAGGGAGGGGCUUUGUCCCUGUACACCGCCUUGACCUGCCAGCAUCAGUUAGCCGGCGUCGUGGCCCUCAGCUGCUGGCUGCCACUUCACAAGUCUUUCCCCUCGGCGUCGAACGGCUACAAGAACAUGCCCAUCCUGCAGUGCCACGGCGAGAAGGACGAGAUGAUCCCCGUGCAGUUUGGCGCCAUGACUUCAGAAAAGCUGAAAUGCAUAGUCACCCCGCAGAUGAUCACCUUCAAGACAUACCCAGGGGUGCCUCACUCGUCCUGCACUCAGGAGAUGCUGGCAGUAAAGGAAUUCAUCGAGAAGUACUUGCCUCGGAUCUGACCUCGCCGCCUCGAUCCGACGGUGACGCCCCCUCUUCCCCUCGUGACACUGACCUCUCUCACCCUCGAUCUGUCGUUCCCCCAACAGGAUACAGCCAUGAGCACCCUCUCUUCCUUCCACCCACUAAUUGGAUAUAACAAAAGUGAUCUCGCUAGAGGGAAAAACACCACCUCACACGGAACAUUCCUGGUGAUUUAUGCUUGUUUUCAUCCACUGUCACCUUAUUUUGAUGAAGCUGUCUUCCUUCCCCUCCCCCUUGUGAUGUCUUCUUAAUGCCCACUCGCCUCCCUGCCAUCCACCCCCAUUACAUUGUUUGCGUCAUUGUCCGACAAGUUCGAAGCUGCGUAUUCCCGCCGGUUGAGCCCAUCUCCCUCCUCUGGCCACUUGGUGUCUAACCCCACUGAUCAAGUUCAAAGCUUCCCAACAUGGCAACAGGCGGAGAGGAACGUAACCGGCGGGUGGUUCAACAAAGUGAAGAAAGUUAACCCUGAUCUGUGAGGAGUCGUGUCAGUAAACAAAACUUUUCCCAGGUGUUUUUUUUUUUUUCCUUUUCCUUUUCAAUUUCCUCGUGUUCUUUAGUUUGCAAACUUGAUUUGAAAAGGAUGGGAGGACAGACAUCCGCGUUGAUUGUUGUUGACAAAUCAAUGAAUGAUCUCUGUCGCGUCGCUUAUGAAAUCAUGCAACCUGUGUUUGCUUUGUGUCCUCGUCAACUCCUGCCUCACUUCCUUUAUUUGUUUUUUUUCAGUGUGUGUGUGACAAUGUCACACGUUCUCAUUUUCCUCAGUUGUAUGUGUUGUGAUUGGUUUGAAUUUUUGUGUCACGGAACUUAUUUUUUGUGUUUAUUUUGCCACUGUUGUCAUCUCAUCCUUUGUUGUUGCGUGUUUAUAUUGGUGAUUAUUCAGUAAAGUUAUGUUGUUUCCAAGCACCUGUAAUGCAGAAUAAAUGAUAAGAAAAACGGUAAA